AUGAAGAGGACGGACUCGGCCCUUCUGGCCUCACUGACCCGCCAGAAAUCGUUCCGGGUUCUGAUCGCCUUGGGUUUUCUGUACGUGCUUCUUGUCGUAUUCGAGCUCCCUUUCGUUUUGCGAACUGGGCUCAGCCCUGGCUCUCUAGAAGCUUCGAUCGGCGGCGGCGAUGACGUAUUGGGCCUUCGGGAAGACAUCCUGCCCUACAAAUUGCGGCCCGAGCGGAGAAUCGAGGAGCUGGCCCGGACCCCGACGGUCUCCGGGUUUAACCUCGCUGCCGGCGUCGUCGGGGGCCAGGACGCGACCUCUGAGUCCGCCAAGCGCGCCCUCGUCCUCGGCGGGAAGCUAUGGCGGGAAAUCGAAUCGAUUGGGAGAAACGGUUACCCCACCAGCGGUAAAUCUGUUAAUCGUAGUGAAAUUGGUGAGGUUGCUGCUUGCCCGGUGUCAAUUUUGCUUGCGGGCGAGGAAUUUGAGAGAAUGCAGGGGAGGACGGUGGCUCUGCCGUGUGGGCUGUCGAUUGGGUCGCACGUGACGGUGAUUGGGAGGCCGAGGGCAGCCCACGAGACAACGGGCCCAAAGCCUAAGGAUGGGAAGGAGGAUAAGAAGAAUGGGCCUCGUAAGAUGGCAUCGUCUCAGUUCAUGGUGGAGCUUGUGGGGCUGAAAAUGGCGGAAGGGGAGGACCCGCCGAGGAUUGUGCAUUUUAAUCCGAGGAUAAAAGGGGAUUGGAGUGGAAAGCCCGUGAUCGAGCUCAACAGCUGCUACAGAAUGCAAUGGGGGAGCUCACAGAGGUGUGAGGGUUCGAAGUCGAGGGCCCGUGAGAACACCGUGGAUGGGUUAGUAAAAUGCGAGAGUUGGAGUCGGGACAAAGACAACACUACCCAUGAAUCGGUCGUGGGGUGGUUGUUAAAUCGGUUAUUGGGCCGAAAGACAGUUAUACAGUGGCCUUUUCCAUUCGUCGAGGAAAAAGUGUUUGUCCUAACGCUUCGGGCUGGCUUGGAAGGUUACCACAUGAUUGUUGACGGCAAGCAUGUUGCCUCAUUCCCCUACCGCCCGGGAUUUGCUCUCGAGGAUGCUACAGGAUUGUAUUUGGGCGGGGAUAUUGACGUCAUUUCCAUUUUCGCUGCUUCCCUGCCUGCCUCCUAUGCCGCCGGCUAUGAUCGGAAAAAUCUCGAUUUGUCCGACAGGUGGCGGGCCCCACCUGUCCUGGACGGGCCUGUUGAGCUCUUUGUCGGCAUUCUCUCGGCUGGUAACCACUUUGCCGAGCGAAUGGCUGUGAGGAAAUCGUGGAUGCAGCACGAGCUGGUUCAGUCGUCAAAAGUCGUUGCUCGUUUUUUCGUGGCGCUGCACCGGAAGAAAGAGGUGAAUGUUGAGGUAAGGAAAGAAGCUGAGUUUUUUGGAGACAUUGUGGUGGUUCCGUAUCUGGACCAUUAUGACCUUGUCGUUUUGAAAACCAUCGCGCUCUGUGAAUUCGGGAUUCGGACAGUAUCAGCGAAUUACAUUAUGAAAGCGGAUGACGACACAUUUAUUAGAGUAGAUGCGAUUAUUAAAGAAAUUAAGAAAAAAGAAGAGAAGAAGAGCUUGUAUAUCGGUAAUAUGAACUACAAUCAUAAGGCUUUACGCAGUGGUAAAUGGGCAGUCACGAAAGAGGAAUGGCCGGGUGAACUUUAUCCAACUUAUGCAAAUGGUCCAGGCUAUAUUAUCUCAAGCGACAUUGCCAACUUCCUUAUUUCAGACUUCGAGAAAAGUAAUAUGACGUUGUUUAAAAUGGAAGAUGUUAGCAUGGGAAUGUGGGUCGAGAAGUUCAAUAAAUCGAGGCCGGUUAAAUACGUACACAGCCUCAAGUUUUGCCAGUUUGGGUGCGUGGAGAAUUACAUAACGGCUCAUUACCAGUCACCGAGGCAAAUUACUUGCCUUUGGAACAAGCUCGCGAUUUUCACCGUUCUCACGAGCGAGUCCGAUAAUUUUCUCCACCGGCAAGAGGCACCGGCGGCGGUUGCGGAGGACUCGCCGCAGAUCUCGACAGCCAUGGAAACAGGACAUAAUCCCUCGACCUCGGCCCGCAAACAAAUGGUUACCACUCUGUUAACCGAUGACCAGCAUUUCCUAGUCCACCUCAUCAUGGGUGCCUAUUUCGCCCCCGACCUCACGAAUCAAACCCCCCCAAAAUCUGCACUCCAAAGACGAGCCCAACGCCUCCCAAAAUACAGCUCACACGAACUAUCCGGCUCGCUCAUGAAGACGAGCAUAAUCGAGAGCGUUUAUUACUACAUCCUCCGAAAGGCCAAACACUCCCUAAUCUUAAAGCAGCCCCAUUUACUUCAGUACAUCCAUAGCCCGAUCCAAAUGGGCCCCACAGACUACCCCUCGUUCGCCGAUCUCUUUCCUCCUGAGCUUCAUGUGCUUUCCGGGGACACUGUCAGCAACAUUGCAUUCAUCAGCAACCCGAAUAUCGAUUACAUGGAGGCUCGGGAAGUCGAAAGGUUCAAGAGCCUCACGGGUUUGGAUGGUUUUGCCUUUGAUAGGGAUAGUAUGAUGCUUAACAUAUUCGAGGAUUUGUAUGAUGUGAAGGUGGAAGGGGCUUCUGACUCGGUGGGGUCCGGGGGUUGCUUGGGAUUUGGCGGGCCCGGGCCUGGACCCGAGUGCGGGUUGAUAUUUGUCCCGGAGCCUCCGUCGAGGGAGGAGUGGGCCCACAUGGUUGCUGCUGUAAAGGGUGGGUUUGGGGUGACGGGGAGUGCGGGGAAAGGGCCUGUUGGGCCUGUUAUUGGGCUGAUGGAUGUUGGGGAGUCGGAGGAUUCGUAUCUGUUUCGGGUUUCGCUUCCAGGGGUGAGGAGGGAUGAGAGAGACUUCAGCUGUGAGAUCGAGAGCAAUGGUACUGUGAUUAUCAAAGGAGUUACGGUUACUGGUGAAAGAGUGGUCGAAAAAUACGAGCAGUCAUUCGAGAUGGUGACCCACAACCUAUGCCCGCCCGGCCCUUUCUCCAUCUCCUUCAAGCUGCCUGGUCCGGUUGACCCUCAGCAGUUUCAUGGGACCUUUUCAACUGAUGGGAUUCUCGAGGGAAUCGCUAUAAAAGAAACGAGCAAGCGUGUUGGUUGUGGGCCCCAUCUUCUCUGUCAAUGA